AAUUCACCAGAAAUGAGCUGAACAAUAUUCUCCAAUGGUGAUGAGCCAGAGGUCUGGCAGAUUCGCAACAUGAGAAAUGUGUACAAUCUGCCACCGAUUGGACAUACGACAGAAAGUAACCUGGACUGUAUCACUACACAGUGGUCGUUCUUAAGCUUGUCCUAUUGAUGGGUCAGCAUGGAUAGAGCUCGAACGAGGAUCGACAGACUCACACUCUGCGAACGGUGGGCAACGACUUGGAUCAGCAUGGCUCCAGCUCCAACGAGGAUCGACAGACUCACAUGCUGCAAACGGUGGGCAACGACUUGGAUCAGCAUGGCUCCAGCUCCAACGAGGAUCGACAGACUCACACUCUGCGAACGGUGGGCAACGACUUGGAUCAGCAUGGCUCUUGCUCCAACGAGGAUCGACAGACUCACGAACUGCGAACGGUGGGCAACGACUUGGAUCAGCAUGGCUCUUGCUCCAACGAGGAUCGACAGACUCACAUCCUGCGAACGGUGGGCAACGACUUGGAUCAGCAUGGCUCUUGCUCCAACGAGGAUCGACAGACUCACAUCCUGCAAACGGUGGGCAACGACUUGGAUCAGCAUGGCUCUUGCUCCAACGAGGAUCGACAGACUCACGAACUGCGAACGGUGGGCAACGACUUGGAUCAGCAUGGCUCUUGCUCCAACGAGGAUCGACAGACUCACGAACUGCGAACGGUGGGCAACGACUUGGAUCAGCAUGGCUCUUGCUCCAACGAGGAUCGACAGACUCACGAACUGCGAACGGUGGGCAACGACUUGGAUCAGCAUGGCUCCAGCUCCAACGAGGAUUAACAGACGUACCACCUGCAAGUAAACACUCGACAUAAAUGAGAGCAACAUUUGAACUUUCCGAUAAUCUUACCCAAAUAUGAGGAAACCAGAGGCCCAAGAUCCCUACUAUCUUGUGGCCUUCAGUCGUUGUUCUCUUUGCAGAGUCAAGAUAUGGUAAGAGCGUUCUGGACACUCUCAAUUGCAUAUCUCAUGCAGAUCUCCAAGUUUGUCUGCUGGGUUGAGACGAAUAAUUGCUCCAGCAUCUCAUCGUUCAAAGUUCCAGCCGUGCGUUCAAUCAGCGCCCCACAAUCUGCAUUAUCCUCGUUCAUAUCUGAUGGAUCAACGGUCAUCGUGUAUCGCAACUUGACCAUAAACCGACUUACUAGGGAGGCAUACAUGACCUUUUGGAGGCCAUCGUACGCCCUUCAGAAACUUCAAUUGUGGUCCAUCAGGAAAUCUUUCUUCG